CCCCCGCGCCCUCCUCGCGAGCUCCGGAGCCGGUGGCUAGAGAAAUGGCGGCGGGGCCUGAGCCCGAGGGAGAGGAGGUGCCGGAUUCUGGAGCUAUUUUUACAUUUGGUAAAAGCAAAUUCUCAGACAACGUUCCCAGCAAGUUCUGGCUAAAAAAUGACAAAGCUAUCUCAAUCAGUUGUGGGGAUGAGCACACUGCGUUUGUAACUGAAAAUGGCAAGUUAUAUAUCUUUGGGAGCAACAAUUGGGGUCAACUAGGUUUAGGAACAAAGAACACUGUCAACAAACCCACUUGUGUGAAAGCUUUGAAAUCAGAGAAAGUGAAGCUCACUGCUUGUGGGAGAAACCAUACAUUAGUUUUUACAGAACAAGGAAAUGUUUAUGCUGCUGGUGACAACAGUGAAGGACAGUUGGGUCUGGGAGAUACUGAGGCACGAACAGUAUUUCAACGUGUAGAGUUCUUCACAAAUCAUAAAAAAAUCAAACUUCUGGCAGCUGGAUCAAACAUCUCAGCAGCUUUAACUGAGAGUGGGAAACUCUUUAUGUGGGGUGACAAUUCUGAAGGACAAAUUGGUCUUGAUACUAAAAACAAUGCCAGUGUACCGCACCAAGUAGAUGUUGGAAAACCGAUCAGCUGGGUUUCCUGUGGAUAUUACCAUUCUGCCUUUGUAACAGAUGAUGGACAACUCUACACCUUUGGAGAAUCUGACAAUGGAAAGCUGGGAUUACCACUUGAUCAGCCAAUAAAUCACCGUAUCCCACAGCUUGUUACUGGUAUUUCAGAAAAGAUCAUCCAAAUUUCCUGUGGGGGAGAUCAUACCAUUGUUCUUACAGAAGAGGAAGUAUAUGCAUUUGGCUUUGGUCAGUUUGGCCAGUUAGGACAUGGCACAUUCAUUUUUGAAUCCUCACUGCCAAAAGUGGUAGAACAGUUGAAGAAGAAAAAUGUGCGGUUUAUUUCAUGUGGAGAGAAUCAUACUGCUGCAGUGACAAGCAAUGGCCUUUUGUAUACCUUUGGAGAUGGACGGCAUGGCAAGCUGGGACUUGGAGAAGAGAAUUUUACAAAUCAAUUUAAACCUACACUUUGCUCUAGAUUUUUGAAGUUCAUGGUCCAAUCAGUUGCGUGUGGAGGAUGUCACACGCUUGUGCUUGCUACACCCAGGCCAAAAGGUUCAGAAAAUGUUAUGAUUCAAGAUGAUGACAUAAAUGACAAUUACUUGACUGAUUUUUAUUCUAUGUCACUGGGCAAUUCGAGUAUGCCAAGUACAUUACAUCGAGCAUUAUCAGCACGUGUUAGACGUCGAGAGCGGGAAUUGUCUCCAGAUAAGUUUGGUCAACUGGUACACACACUACCUCCAAUUGGAGCUGGUCUCCUUAAUUCUUCUCUGCCCAUUAGUGGUCAGAUAAUUCCUGGAGUGAAAGUUGCUGAAGAAAACUUCAUUGCCUCAAAACCAGUCAAUGAUGCUCAACUCGAUGAAGAAUCAUCAUCUGCCAACAUAGUUUCCGGGAUCAAGGAGAUCAAAAGUGUUGAAAAAAGUUCUGCUGAUGAACAAUCUGAAGAUGAAAAUGAAAAAGGCCUUGGUGACACCAGUGAUUUGUUGAAUAUGACACAUACAGUGAUGGUGAAUCCUCAUGAUCAGACUCUGACCUUAUCACCACUUCACAAGGAACGGAAGGAGAUUUUACAAAAUGAAGAAGUUGAAGAUGAAAACCAUGAAAAGGAGAAUAAUAAAGAAUUGGCUGACAGUGUGGAUGAGGUGGAUAAUGGUGAAAUAAUAGCAAAAAAAGAACUCAGAUUUGAUAAUGAAAGAGAAAAUUAUGUAACAUCAAUUAAUCGAGAAAGUGCAGAAUCUGAAGAAGAUGAGCAAGAUGGUCAGAAAAAUGAAGACUUGGGAAGAUUAGGAGAAAAUGAAGACUUGGAAAGUUUAGGAGAAAAUGAAGACUUGGAAAGUUUAGGAGAAAAUGAAGACUUGGAAAGUUUAGGAGAAAAUGAAAACUUGGAAAGUUUAGGAGAAAAUGAAGACUUGGAAAGUUUAGGAGAAAAUGAAGACUUGGAAAGUUUAGGAGAAAAUGAAGACGCAAGCUUAGGAGAAAAUGGAAAUGUAGAAAGUUUCGAAGGAAAUGAAGAAGCAGACAGUUUGGAAGAAAGUGAUACAAAAUGUUUGGGGAAAGAUGAAGAUGGAGAAAGCACAAAACAAUCAGUAGAAAUUGAAGACACAAAAAGUUCAGGAGAAGAUGACACAAAAGAUUUGCGGAAAAAAGACACAAAGGUCUCAGGAGAAACGAAAAAGAUCAUAAAUGAUAAAUUGAAUGGUUUAUUGAAUAUAACCAAAAAUAUGACAUUAUUUAAGGGACAUUUCACCAAAGAUUCUGAAGCAAAGGAAAUGCACAAUGAAACAAAGUUGGAGGAAUCAACCAAAGAAGGCUCAAUUGGAGAUGACAAAACUGCUCCAAAUUUGAACAAUUCUUCAGAAGAAAUUGGAAAUACUGCUUCAUCAAAUCUAAAUAAAACUAAUUCAGUGCGGAGUGGCUUUAAAAACAAAUAUAAGUCGAUUACUUGUGUGUUGGUGUAAAGACCCUACACUGGCAGGGAAAGGUAAUGUUCCUUCUCAGCAGUUCACAAGAACAACUUGCACUUUAAUUAUUCAGCAAUCCAAAAUGUAGCUUUUUUCUACUUUUGUACAAUUAAUGUGUCUAUAAAGGCAUAAGUGUUAUUAGAAUCACUGUUUAUGGAGACCUGUAAAGAAACCUUUGAUAGCAAAUUGAUAUUAUCCUUCCAGGGUUUCAAUAUCAGUAAUGGCAUUAUGUUUUAAUAAAUGAGUUGAUCAGGAUAAUGUAAAUGGGUAUAUUUUUGUACAAACAAGCUAUGAAUUUAAUGUUUCAGAACUAUGGCUUCAAUGGUGCUUUUAUAU